AUGGCAUCACGAUUGAAAGACGCCUUCUCCAAGGCAUCGCCCUUCUCAAAGGGCAGGCCCAAGGCCACCGUCGCAGAGACGGCCGCCACGCCUUCUAAUAUUAGCUCUGACGCAGCCCUCUCAGAAGCUCAUUCCAGCUUCACAGACAGGGCGAGCGACGUAUCCCCGCAACAACGCCCACCAACGACGAGCUCCUCGACCACAACCCCGCGUAGCAGCUCCUCGUCCACCAGCACCACCACGGCCUCCACGGCCCCAGCAACAACAGCGGACCCGGAAGCGCUGCACAACAAGUACAAGCUCCACGUCACGGCGGGGCCGUCCUACGACGCGUCGACGCACACGACGGUGCACGUCAACACGCCGCACACGGUGCUCGUCUCCAACGAGCACGUCACGGCGCGGGUGGCGGUGCGCAUCCGCGACUUCUCGGGCCUGCCCUCGGCGUGCCCGCCGUCCAGCGCCUACUUUGCGUCGCCGCAGCACGCGCGCGACCGCUACAGCAUCUCCUUCUCGUUCGUGCCCAAGCGCGACCUCGACGCCGCCGGCGCCGUCUGGGGCCCGGACUGCGCGCGCCCCGUGCGCGACCGCCUGCCGCCCGGCUUCAACGUCGCCGUCGGCAUCGUCAAGCGCUUCGUCGAUCCCAGCAUCGAGGUUGACGCUUACGCCGACGAGCCGUGGGUGUACGCGCCGGCGUUGAGCUGCUGGUUCGCGCUGAGGGUCGGGGAGAAGGUGGCUGGGGCGGGGGAGGACGUGGUUGCGAAGGGGGUUGGGGUGCUGGAGGAAGGGGCGGACGGGGAUGGGGCGGAUGUGCGAGAGGCGUGGGGAUGCCCGGCAGAGGCGGCGAAGAGGAGGAAGUGGUUUGUUGAGAAGAAGAAUAGGGAAGGCCUUGUGUUCGAGAAGGGCAGGUUGUACCAAGGGGAUUUCUUCAACCCGUAUCUGGAUUUCGACAAAUUCGCGUUGAAGCUACCGGGCUUCUCGCUUGGUGUGCUCAAGUACAUUGACGAGAAGACGCACCAGCUCCGGUGGGUCUUCAAGGACAGGAUCACCGGUGAGGUCUAUUUCUGCGUUAUUUUCAACUUGCUUUUCGGCGAAGAGCUGAAGGAGGCGCUACGGGCGGAGAGAGCCGCGGAACAGGAGCUGGAUUGA